UUGGCAGACAGAUUGUGGCUGAUGCAGAUCUGUGACCCGGUCGCGUGGUGCACGUUUGGUCGCCGACAUGGGGCUCAAAAGUAGAACAAAAUCAACAAAAAAUCCACCGAUUUUUAGUCACGAGUUUGUGACUCAGAACCAUGAAGACAUUAUAUCCUGUAUUGCCAUGGUCUUCAUUCUCGGGCUGAUGUUUCAGGCCACAUCUCCAUUUGCCACCAAAUUCAUUGCUCUCCAGCACAACGUCACAAUUGAGAACGAAAACGAACCACCCAUCUUCUUGUACACAAAUGGUAUCCAGGAUCUGUGCGUCAUCUUCUUCUACUUCCUCAUCUGCAUAGUCAUACACGCCAUUGUCCAGGAAUUCAUCAUCGAUAAAAUCAACAAGAGGUUGCAUUUGAGCAAGACCAGGCACAGCCGCUUCACCGAAUCUGGACAGCUACUGGUGUUCUAUCUGGUCUCGGUAGCCUGGGGCGGACACAUCAUCUACAGGGAGAAGAUUCUGACUAACAUCACCUCGCUGUGGGAAGACUACCCAGACAGUCACACGCAGAUGAUGUUUAUGUACAAGUUCUUCUUCGUCACGCAGAUCUCCUACUGGCUGCACACCUUCCCGGAGCUGUAUUUCCAGAAGGUCCGGAAGGAGGACUGGGCUAACCGCAUCCAGUAUGCCACUCUUUACCUGAUCUUCAUCACAGCAGCCUACGUCACCAAUAUGACGCGGGUGGCCCUGGUGCUGCUGGUAAUACACUACACGGUGGAGGCGGUGGUGCACGCGUCGCGGCUGCUCCACUUCGCCGACAAGACCGAACUGGCCGCCAACGGGUUCGUCCUGUUCAACGUGCUCUUCACGCUGGCUCGCCUGUCCACCAUCGUGGUGGCGGUGCUGACCUUCUGGUACGGCCUGGCGCUCAGCGACAAGCCAGGCCUGGACCUGGCCACGGGCAACUUCAACACCUACCUGGUCAGGGUCAACUGUCUCGCUGCCAUCUGCCUGCUGCAAGCCUGGAUGAUGUGGCACUUCAUCACCUACCACCUGAGGCGCAGGCGCGAGCAGGCGCCCGCCAAGCCCGUCUUGAAGAAGGUGACCGCCGCCAAGCAGGACAAGAAGCCCAAGGAGAAGAAGACGUGAUUCGGCCUGACAUCGAGCUUUGUCCUUGUAGGCAAGAAACGCGACGAAGAGGACAUGUCUGAGCUACCGGAGGUGGACCAGAACACCAAGAAACAGCUGCGACAGAGGAAGUAGCGGCCGGUGGCCCCGUGCGCUCAGUGUUUGACCGGCGCGGGUGUCGGGGCGGCAGGCCCAGGGCGACGCCGGGGGGUGGUGUGUCGUGUGCGCGAUGCGUCGCAAUGGGUCGGAAUCUGGUGUUUGGGGCACUGCCAGUGGUGCUGCUGUAUAUAGAUACUUUCGGACGGGUGAGGUUGCGGUUUUCUUGAACUCGUUUUCCUUUCGCGCGAAAGCCUGUCUGUCGUAAGUUGAUGUCAUUGACGUUGAGGUCGAAUGUUGGGAGUGGGAGAUAGCGGGUGUUACAGCGUGGGUUGGUGCCGGAUUUUAUUGAUGACACGUUAAUAGAAGCACACCUAUUUUCCUGUUAAAAAUGCGCUGUGUCGCAGGGUGCGACUGAAUGCCCGGAUCCUCGGCGGCGGACAGUGUCUGGAGCGCGGCGCUCCUUCCUUCCAUUUGACAGCGUUUGGUGCCGCGCCAGCGCGGUCAGGGUGGGCCGCCCGGCCGCCGGCCCUGCCAAAACGAUCGCAUCGCUGCGCGAAACGAAACGAUGCGCUACUAUUGAUCCGCUGCAUAUCUGUAUGAAAUACACGUGGACGUAAUUUUG